AUGUCUUAUAAUUCUUACUUUUGCUCUGAUAUUAUUCUACAUCCUACCAACAUCUAUCUAUCUAUCUAUCUAUCUAUCUAUCUAUCUAUCUAUCUAUCUAUCUAUCUAUCUAUCUAUCUUCAUGGCCAGUUUUCAGACAAACAAUAUGGCUUUCCUUUACUGCUGACACAUACAUUCUCUCUCUAUAUAUAUAUGUCUCUUUCUCUCUGUAUCUCUCUAUGUCUCUCUUUCUCUCUCAAGUCACUCUCACUAUGUUUCCCCCUCACUAUCGCUCUCUCUCUAUGUCUCUCUCUCUGUCUCUCUAUGUCUCACUCUCUGUCUCUCUAUGUCUCACUCUCUGUGUGUCUCUUUCUCUGUGUCUGUGUUUCUCCCUCUAUGUCUAUCUCUGUCUAUGUCUCUCUGUUUCUCUCUCUCUCUAUGUAUCUCUCUAUAUAUGUCUAUCUCUCUAUGUCUAUCUAUCACUAG